CGGAAGAAUUGCCUAUCUCUGAUUAACGUUUGAAUAGACAAGAAUGAGCAAUUUAUCUCGGGAAGAAACGAUUAGACGCGAUGCUCCAAACAUCGCACAGCCUUUGAUUGUCUUAUUUGUGUCUUAAUUUUUUUUUUUGCGUUAAUUGGCGGAGGCGGUCGAGUGUGAGCAGCAACGCCCUGAUGCCAGCCGACCCGUCGGAGAAAAAUAUCCUCGCUCUGUUUACAAAUCGGCCGAGAGGACUUGUUUCCCCGCAGUCAAUCGUUAGCUAAUCGUGCGGUUGUGUGUUUUUACAGACGAAGAAAACAUGGCUGAACUGCAUGUUGUAGAAUCGAGUGGCACCAGCACCAUAGAGCAGCCCGAGCACCGCGAUGUCCGGGGCUCCGUGCGCCUCGCUUCGCCCACUCUCAUGGUUCCUCCGCGGAGCAGCCAGCUCAGUCCCAGCGGGGUGUCGAGCGGCAGCGGCGGGCGGUCGGUGUUCGGGUUCCCGGUGAAGAGCAACCCGAGCUCCCCGUCCGAACCGGCGGAGAAGCCGGGAUCACGCUGGGUUCGGCUCAACGUCGGGGGCACCUACUUCAUCACGACCAAACAGACGUUGUGCAGGGACCCAAAAUCUUUCCUGUUCCGACUGUGCCAAGAGGACCCCGACCUGGACUCGGACAAAUGUUGUAGUCAAGCCCGCCCAAACCGAGACCAAGUCAUGACCAAGAGCAUUGUUUAUCUACACCGAGACAAGACCAAGACUUUUAGGGGCUGAGACCAAGUCGAGACCAAGACCGAGUCGAGACCAAGACCAG